CUUGGAAUUCUGUCUUCUAGAUGAAACGGAGUCUCCUAAGGGAGCAGGAGCGGCACUAGGAACCACGGAAAUCAUCCUCAUUGUCAUCGUCCCCCUACUCUUCCUCCUCACAGCCUUCCUCAUCUGCAAGUACACCUGCUGUGGGGCAGCUCUUAAAAAGAUGACCAAAAGCUCCCAUUCUUCUAAGAAAGCUGAAGAAGUGGUGACAGAUGCAUCUCCAGCUGUGCAGAGCUGCUCUCCUGCCCCGGAUGAAGGAUCUCAGGUGUCAAGAGCUGAAGAACCUCAGGGAGUGACGUACGCUGAGCUGAACACCAGAGCCCUGAGCAAGGGCCCCUCCAGCCAGGUGCCGCAGACCCCGGAAACCUGCGUGUACUCGGCCCUCAAGAUGUAGCAGGAGGAGACCUAGCACCAGGAAGAAUCUCCAACAAAGGGUGGACCAUGGGGCAGAGGGCCCUUGGGGGACUAGGCAAAUGAGGAUACCUUUCCUCAAAUCUCCA